UGGAAAAGAAACAGAAGAAGGAAAGAGAAAAGCUUCUACAGCAGAAACGUGACAUUGAUUCCAAGCUGUUUGGGGAUCCAGGCAGUGAGCAAUCAGGCAGGGACAAUGAGCUACCUGGACGGAGUGCCCUUCCGGACUGCUGUGAGCCUCGAGGGCAACUCUGCAGGAGAAAGCACCUUCAUCAAGGCACCAGCCAUAGAGCUCCCUGACUGCACCGACAUCCUCAUGAGCACCAUGCACGACUUCUCACUGGAGCGAAAGGUGCAGUACUGGCUGGAGGCCGCUUCUCAGCACCAAACCCCCUGGCAGCAGCUCCACACCGACGCCAUCCCCACGGCCCCACCAUGCUGGCUGCUGCUGGUGGACGCCGCUGAGGGCAAGGAGACAGCAGUGAGCAGAGUGAAGGAGGGCACGGUGCGGCGCAGCAUCAGCCUCAGUGCCGAGCGGGGCCGGGGAAGAGCCUCCGACACAGAGAGUGAGGCUGUGUGCUCAGAGGACGAUGAGUGCUGGGAGGACGAUGAGUAUUCCUCCACCUCCUGGGAGGAAAAUGACAGGGAGGAGCACAUUCUCCGGAGGAGAAACCAGCAUGGCUUGCAGCAGAUCAGACCAAAGACGUCGCCUGGCUUGCUGGAGCCUCCUUCAGAGAAUGGCUUCAAGGCCACGAGCCCAGAUCCAGGCAAGCAGAGGAGGUCCAUGGUUUUGUUCAACAACAUGAAGAAUGAGCUGGAAGCAGCCAGGAGGAAGCUGGCUGCGUUGGUGCAUCCUUUAAACAGAGCCACAGCCGAAAGCAAAGGGGCUCUCAUGCCACCAGCGCUCCCCCAGCACUGCCGAAGCAACAGGAGCCUCAAGUUUGGACCGGCAGCAGAGGGGUCUCACAUGGGAAGCCUGGUGCCAGCUCCCCCCGCGGCACCCGAUGCCUCCAUGCCACCCAUUCGCAAGCACAAGCCUACAGUCCCGUCCCUCAGCCCCUACUCCUGCCUGCCCCCAGCACGGCCGCUGGCAUCCCGCAAAGCCAAGCCAGAUUCAGCGGCUGACCUGCUGUCAGCGCUGAGCCAGGAGGAGCGCGACCUCAUCGAGCCCGUCAUUGCCUUGGGCUACCCGGCCCGCAAAGCCAUCCUCACUCUUCAGAAGACCGGGAGGCAAAGCCUGGGGCAGUUUCUGGGCUACCUCCGCGCCUGUGACCGGCUGCUGAAGCAGGGCUAUGAGGAGGGGCAGGUGGAGGAGGCCAUGGAAAUGUUCCAGUACUCGGAGAAAAAGGCAGCUGAAUUCCUGCACUUGUUAGCUCAGUUCAACGACAUGGGUUUCCAGCAAAAUGAAAUCAAAGAAGUCCUCCUGCUCUGUGGGAACCAGAGGGACAAGGCGCUGGAAGAGCUCAUGAUGAAGAGGCAGUGAAUGUGCCCAGCACCUACAAAGCAGGAUGCAUCCUGCUGCCCAUCCCUUCCUAGGCCACAUUUACAAAUACAGCCACGUGCAGAUUCUUACACUGUGA